GUAUAAAUUGAACCGUCAAAUUGUAGGAAAGUUAGACAGUUGGACGCGACCAUUCGUCACAGGUCCAUCACUUUGUUUUCGCUUUGAAGAAGUGCAUCAGCGCGCAAAAAAGACGCAACCACAAAUACAACAUGUCUGUUGCUUAUUUAAGUCUCCUGGUGUUGGUGUUGGCUCCGAUGAUGGCGAACGCAAUGCCCGUAGCCCCAACUGAAAUUGCCUCCAGCAGAGAGCCGAGGCAAUUGAUGAUGCCUUCUUAUGUACCAUGGGUCCCGCAACCAGGUUACGCAUAUCGCCAAUACGGUUACGGACAAAAUCCUUUCUUUUCGGCGUCGGGGCACCAAUUGGCCGGCCCAAUCGAUGAACGAUUUGGAUUCGCUCUUCUUGCCAGUCUCUUCGGUGGUGGUGGUGGUGAUGGCGAUGGUGAUGGUGAUGGUGACGACGACCGAUAUAGUACAUGGAACUUUCGUCCACUAGCUAAUCUGCAACAGCCGUUUGCCUGGCCGAUGGCUGCAUUGCUCGGUUAGGAAAAUCAACUGGCCAUCACCGAGCGCAGUGGGUUAUUGCCGAGUUGUUUUGUGACUUUAUUCCUUUAAUCCUGAUAUCUUAAACUCUUUCUUACAUACUGUAGCAAGACUGCUAAUACAAACUUAAUUUAAUGAAA